AUGUGUCCCUAUCUAAUUACCGUUUGUGAGAAUCCGAAACAUCUGAUCCUGGAGAAGUGGUUGAUCAGCAAAGGUCGUAAGGAAGAAGGUCUGGCUAUAUUGUCAAAAUACCAUGCAAAUGGCCACACAGACGACCCAUUAGUUCAAUAUGAAUUCCAGGAGAUUGAAGCAGCAUUGAAUCUCGAGAAGUCAUGCAGCGAGGUUUCUUUCAUGGACUUCACCAAGACCCAUGCUAAUCGCCAUCGACUCUUGAUUUUAGUUGCUGUGGGCGUAGGCACGAACUGGGUAGGGAACGGCAUCGUGAAUUACUACCUGUCACCAACACUUCACCAGAUUGGCAUAUAUUCAUCUGCUAAAAUUUCCGGUAUCAAUGCCGGGCUUCAGAUUUGGAACUUGAUUAUAUCGUGUUGUUCCGCACUUCUUGUUGAGAGACUUGGGCGUCGAUUCCUCUGGCUCUUCUCCAAUUGCGGGAUGUUAUUUUCUUACAUAUUUACAAUGGCACUCUCAGGCGAGUAUGCUACGCAUCACAAGAGCUCCGUGGGAAUUGCCGUCAUUCCCUUUCUCUUCCUUUUUUUCGGAGCAUAUGAUGUCGCCUGGACACCUCUUCAAUUUGCGUACCCCGUUGAGAUUCUGCCGUUUUCUUUGCGAAUGAAAGGAAUGGUAAUUUUUAUCAUGGUUCAAAAUGUUGCCGUGACAGUCAAUACCUUUGUCAACCCUAUUGCCAUGGAUGCUAUCGGAUGGAAAUAUUAUGGGAUAUACAUUGCUAUAUUGGCUGGGUUUAUUGUGGUGAUUUAUUUCUAUUUCCCGGAAACUCGCUAUUUGACCAUAGAAGAGAUCUCAGAAGUUUUUGAGAACGGGCUACCGGUGAAAGGGGCUGUCAACAUUCGAAGUCUACCAAAUCGGGAUAAUAAUGUGUCCAAGGAGGGUGACAGCAAUGGGGAAAGCUCUCACAUUGAGAUUGCUUGA